AUGGCGUCAAUUGAAACAGGGUCAAGUUGUUUCACUGAGUGUCUUGGUAGUAUAUUAAAUCAAAUGUGUCGUAAAUCAUCUUAUUCAAAUUCUGUGAAACUUAUCAAUUUAAAUUAUUCAAAUGAAAAUGUAGCACAAAGUUUCACUCAUCAAGUUGUAUCAGUUUUGAAAGGAACAAUUAUACCUUAUAGUCUAAGAAGAUUUUUGUGGCCGCUAGCAUUAUUUACAGUCACCGAACGGACUAGAUCAGAAUUCGAAAAUCCAAUUAUUUGGAAUGGACAUAAAAUGAGAGAAUUAGAAUCAUCUGCUCGAAAAAAUUUUGGCGUUUUGUUGGCAUCUGGAACCGCAAAACUUGGAUUGACCACACCAAUGUGUUCAAAAUUUGAUGAUAUCAUUAAGAAAAGUGUGAAAGAGAUCAGUCUAGAACUUGAAACAAAAUUCAAAAAUCAACAAAAACAAUUUAAACAAUUCAAAGAACAAUCAGUGAAAAUUUUAAAUGUAUUUUAUACAGCUAAACAAAUUUAUGAUCCACUUUAUAUUUAUUGGCUUCUUCCUAUACAUUUUGCACUUAAUAAAGACUAUGUUUAUGAAUUAAUUAAACAUUUUCCUGAUAUACCAACAAAAGUUUCUAUUAAUUCAGCUGAUGAAGGUAUUCAAAUCUAUUCGUUUGCUUUAUGUUUAAGUAUAUUUGUUGAUAUAAUGAGUAAAAAGUAUGGAUUAUAUCAUAAUAAUGUUAAUAAUAUAGUUGAAAAAACAAUGAACAAUAUCAAUCAACUAAAAUGUAUUCAGCAUAUUAAAAAUGUCCAUAAAGAAUUUAUUCUCCGAAAUUCUAAUAAUACUAAUAAUUCUAUUAAGAAAUUGGAUUUCGAACUAUUUGUUGGUACUGUAAACAGUAUAGCUUUAUUAUUUUUUUGGGAUCAAUUAUUUUUAAAUUCAUUCAAUUGUGAUGUGAUUAUUGAAUUCGCUGAAACAAUCCUUGUGUUAUUAGGCUCAGAUAUUUUACAAGUUAAUAAUUUUACUGACAUGGAACAACUAUUAAACCAUGGACCGAAUAAACUUCUAACGAAGGACAUAAUUCAAACAUGGAAUAUGAUUCAUUUACAUAAAGUUUUAGAUGAUGAUUACUAUAAAUUAAACAGACUUUCUGGGAAAUUAGUAUCAUUAACAAGGGAAAUACAAGAAACAUCGAAGAAAGAUGUCAAUUUUUAUUUACAAGACUUUGUUAUACAUAAUAUAAUUGUAACAACAGUAACAGAUUCAAGAAAAAUUUUACCCCCUGAUUUAUUUCGUAUAAAACUGGACUAUAUUGUUGAAGAGGAAAUAAAACAAAGUACUUUGACUGAAACUAUACCGACAAUGAUAUUUCAUGGGAAAAUAUCACAAAUAUAUGAUUUCUUAGAUCAGAUUUAUUCUACUGAUGAAGAUUACAGUAAAAAUAAGCCUAAUUCAAUUACAAAUUAUUCAUAUCCAUCAUUUAUACAAGAACAAUCUAAAAUGUAUAUUACCAUGUUUCAAUUUAACAUGGAACAAUCUUACUCUUUUAUGGAACAGAAACUUAAGAUCAUCGAACCUAUGAAUGAGCAAAAUUAUGUAAAACCCUCAUUAGUUGGGCAUAUUCGUGUUGCAUUACAAUAUAAAAAGCCAAAUACUGAUGAAGAAAGUAAUAAUAAUGACUGGGUAACAUUCGGUUGGACACAGAUACAAUGUUUUACUAAGAAAGACAACUCCAAAUUUGUUAACGAAACUGGUUCAAAGAUUUAUCCAUAUAAAUUAUGGACACGUGAGGUUAUCAAUCCAAUUGAACAAGGUACCUAUCCAGAAAUAUUAUAUGAUUCUGCAUGGACUAUGGAUUAUUUGUUAAUUCCAUUCAAUUAUUUAUUUUAUCACUUCUACUCAUUACCCAUCAUAGAAACAGAUAAUUCUAUACCACUUCAACUUCUACAUGGGUCACGAAUCUCUCUUCGACUUUAUAACCCUAAUAUUGAAGUAGUACCGAAAGUUAUAGAACAACCAACUAUCUAUAUAACUAGAUCAGUUCAAACUAAGGUGAUAUAUAAAGAAACAGUAAAUAUUGAAGAUGCUGAAUAUCUUCAAGAAGAACAAAUUAUAAAUCAGGAAGUUGAGGAUAUUGAAGAAUUAAGUCCACCAGCUACUCCGAUUGACGAUCCGUGGGUACCAUUCAAAAAACUUGCACCAUACGAAAGAUUAAUGAAACCAUCUUCAACAUCUGAACCAUUUUGUAUUUAUGUCGAUCAAUUACGCUUCAUGCCAGAUAACUCGACAAUUUUUAAGGUUACUGGUCGGUUACUAAAUACAAAAUAUGAUGAGGAAUUAUCGGACAUUUUGAUUGUACCAGAAGAAAAUUUUGAGAUAAGAGAAACUAGUAGAUCACCAGUUUUUUCUCCAAAUCAACGUUUUAUUGUUAAUCUUAGUCAAAACAAAACUUUAUCCCAGAACUCUUUACUAUUUCUAAGGGUGUAUACACUUACACUCACAAAUCUAAAAUAUGUAGUUAUUGGAAACGUUCUGCUGAAGUUAUUCAAUUCAAAUGGUCUACUUAAUAUUGGUGGGCAUCAACUUAGAUUAAGAUGUGAAGUACCGAAACCAAUAUCUCAGAACAUGAAUAAUAAUGAAAUAUUUUAUCAAGAAGAUUCAUUAAAUAAUGCACCUUAUAUACAUUGUUCAACAAUUCUUGUUCGUCUCUUACCUUAUACAGAGAAGCCUUUACCUCAACCGGAAUACAGAUUUAGAUCAUAUCGUUCAGCUGAAUCGACUCCAACAAAUUUUGAAUGGGUUGUAUAUCGUCAAUUCCAGUCCGAUGAAAAUAGGAAAACAGACAUACACAGUAUGGUGAAAAUGAUUUUACGGCGUGAGGGUGAAUUCGACAAAUCUUCAGAACAAAAUGACUUCUUAACUCCUGAUUAUCUAUAUCGUUACACACUUCAACGAAUGUCAAUUAAAAGAAAUACAACUACAAAUGGUAUACCAAACCAAAUGAUUUCAGCGUUUCCAUUUUUUUAUCGUGUAAAUGACGGUUUUCUGUUAAGUUUAAAGGACGCUAAGGGUUUGACAGUAAAAGAAGGAGAUUAUAUUUUUGGGUUGGCUAAAGUUAUACGAAGCUCUGAUACUAGUCUUAUGCCAGUUAACAAAUUUUAUGGUUUCGGAAAUGAUGAUGACUUAUUAUUCGACAGGUUUGAUUCAACAAUGUCUCUUGAAAAUCCUAAAUGGGAAGACGCGCCUCAACUUACUAAACCAUACUACGAUUCGAAUGCAUUACUAAUCAUACAGAUAUUUAGAGUGCCUUUAGUAUUCACUAUUGGUGGAUCAAUAAGUAUAACCAAAUCAGGCAACUGGUUCAUUCCACAACUGGUUUCUCGAAAACCGAACAAACGACAAAUCACUAAAUUACGAAGGAUACACUUGAUUGGUUGGUCGUUCUUGCGUCUAUUUGAUUGGGGAUUUUUACGUAAUGGAACGCAUAAACUUUGUCUUCUUAAACCUCCAAUUCGUCUACGAACAUUAGAUAAAAUACAAAAUAAAGAUGACGAAAAGUCAAUCAUGCUAAGAUCAGAUAGUUUUCUGGAAAAUGCAAGUCUCACUAUACAAUUACAAAGUGCUCGCUUUCUAGAUUUUGUUGAAGAAUUAAAAAUAGAUCAGCAGACAUAUUAUUCUCAUAUUCCAAACGACGAACAUGGUACAGUAGAUGAAUAUGAAAAUGUUAAUCAACAAAUGAAAGAGUCUAGCAGGACUAACUUAGAUUCCAUGGCGGAAUUCAGAGCUAAAUCUGAUACGAAUUGGCUUCAACAAGGAGAAAUUGGAAGUGAAAAACUUUACACAGAAAUUCAUGAGUUUCUCAAGAAUCAAGUGGCAAAUUGUUCAUCAAAAAAAGAAUACAUGCCAUUAUUUUUUUCUCGGCUAUAA